GUGUUUCGGGAAACACAGCAAGACUAUCGUUAUCGGCCCAAAGUACAAUGUGUUAUCUAUUUCGGGAUUUUCGGACUGAUAAAAGCGUGUUGACCUUGUCCUAGAUGUUUAUAAAAUAAUAUGAUUUGAUUACUUUUACGUCAAGAUAAGCCAAUACAAUGUUGUUUGUUUCCAUUACUUGGACAGAUAUAAUUUAGGCUGAAUAAGACAUUAUUGGCAAUAAUUUGCCAAGUCUCCGCCUCACUGAUAUCAACACGAAUGGUAGAAGUAUAACUCCGACCCUAUAUCGAUCCCUUCAUACCCCAGUCUUCACGGUACGUAAUAGAUUUAAAGCCUUGUACCGAAGAAUAACAAGACAAGUUUGCGGUCGUUUUAUUCGCUUGACUUUUUAUUUAAUAUUUCAACGUUAGAUCUUGGACAAACUUUUAAAAUAAAAGUGCGAUAAAGUUCAUAUCAGUUAAGUAGUAUUCGGUUAGUUUCGUAUAUUUUUGGUUGUCUAGCUACAAGACUUUUGCGGUUUACAAACAACCACGGUCGAAGACAGUUUUCACAUUCAAUUACUUUUUUUAUUGGAGUAGUGCAUCAGACUUAAUGAACUUAAUAGUAAUGGACUGUAAGUACCAGCUCUUGUGAAUGAAUAACCCUGAAGUUGGUUUAAAUUAUAAAGUGAUUCAUAAGUAGUAACAUAUUUUGAGGAGUAGCUUAAUCGAAGGUGAUAUAGUUACAGUGUUAUUGAUUUCAACCCCGCAUCCAACAAUAGCAAUCAUCAACCAAUCAAACAGCUCGUUACAAUGAUUCCACGGAUGUGAUUGGUCCUGCAAUGAAUGCGUCUCGAUACCUUCUUAUUGGAAGUGAUUAUUUUGAACCUGUAUCUUUAAAAACAUGAUAGUGGUCAGAUAGAUAAAGGUGUCAAUCAACAGAUAGAGAAAACCAAGAGACGCAAACGAGACCAAGAUGGCCGAUUACAAUAAGAAUACGACGGAAAUUUUAAACAUAUCUCAUAUGAUUUUCCAAAAUCUAAACGAAUCAGUGACUUCAAAAAAUGUGUCUAAUGUUACAGAGGCUGUGUCUAAUUUACCGCCGAGUUCAAAAGUUAUUUUAAUAAUAAUGUACACAUUUAUAUCAACUGCUGCCAUUAUUGGGAAUUCCAUAGCCAUAACAAUAUUUGUCCGCGGUAAACGUUCAAGGACGGAACUUCGUGCUUUUCUUACAAACUUGGCAGUAGCGGAUUUAAUUAUGGCUAUAUUUUGUAUACCGUUUACUUUUUCUUACCAACUUAUUGGUGACUGGGUGUUUACACCCCCAAUGUGUCCUGUGGUGAUAUUUUUACAAUAUGUGGCCGUUACGGCUAGUGUCUUUACUAACAUGGCCAUAGGAAUAGACCGUUUUUACGCCGUCGCCUACCCACUUCGGAAAAGAUUAACUACAUCGAAAUCGAAAUUUGUGAUAAUUGCUAUAUGGACUUUUGCAGUGGUCAUCAAUUCCGUGCAGUUACUAAUAGGACGCACGCAAGAAGGCCUGGAUGGGAAAUUACAUUGCACUGAAUCGUGGCCGGAACCGAAACGAGAAUUACGUCAAUCCUAUUCAUUGUUUGUGCUUUUUCUUACAUAUUUCUUACCCCUGUGCAUAUUAAGUGUGACUUAUUCCAUUAUUGGAAGAAUAUUAUGGAAACGAAACGUUCCUGGUAACAGUGAUGAAACCCGUGAUGCCUUACAAAUUAAAUCGAAACGCAAGGUAGUAAAGAUGUUGGUAACAAUAGUAAUGUUAUUUGGAUUAUGUUGGUUACCUUUACAUUCGUUUAUUUUAAUACUGGACUUUAAUCCCACGUUAAUCAACUACCAUGUACAAGAAAGAAUAUAUUUUGGCGUCCAUUGGUUAGCCAUGUCCAAUAGUUUUGUUAAUCCAGUAAUUUACGGCUUUAUGAAUGAAAGUUUCAGAGCUGAUGUGAGGUCCAUCAUAUGUAAAAUGUUUCCAUGUUUUAAAAAAAAGUUAGUAUACCGACCAGGCGCCAAACGAUGGAAAAUGUCGGGCAAUGUUCAGGACGUUUGUUAUAUGAAAUCUGCUGAUAAACACGCUGUGAAAGGAUUAUUAUCCACAAACGAUCGCCAGCAUGAACCCUGGACAAAUGGGACCUCAAAUACGGGACUAGUGGUGUUGACGCGAUCACAUAGUCCUAGUUUCACCAGGUGACAUACUGCUUGGUCGUGUUUCAACUGUGCUUAACAAUAAAGUGAAAGUGAUGUUUUACAUAACACGAAACUCUGGAAGAUAAAACUUCCAGGAUAAACUACCAAGCGUAUAACUGAAUAUAAUAAUUGACUAAUAAAGUAUAUUAUAAUCAUUUGAUACUUAACAACUGUGUAAAGAUGUUUAUAAAACUAAAAAAUAUACGGUAUAAAAAUAAUUAUAAUAUAUAAAUUACCAAUUAACUAUAAUGGUGCACGUAAUUAAUUCUUUUUUUAAAACUUAAAAAAAAACUUGGAUCAAAUUCUAAAGAAUCAAACGAUUAAUUGAUUUGUAGUUUCCGGGUGAUUGUACGAGGAAUGAAUUGUGCUAAGGUGAUAGCAUUCUCGGAAAGUGAUUAAAGACGGUGUAAACAGACAGCGAUAUCCCAAAACAGGAAAAUAGUGAUUGUAUGCGAGGAAUAAGAAUAUAUUAACGUUAUAAUUACGCUAUUGUUGAAUUGUUUUAUUUUUGAAAUGUUAAAUUUUAUCAUAUAUAAGGAGCCAAAAGUAUGAUAUUCCACGGUGCCGCCUGUUACACGGAAUGUUGAGUGUAUGGUGUAAGGGACUCAUAUUGUUUAAUAAUAAUAAUAAUAUAUAAUAUAUAAAUACACUAUUGCCAUUAAUGCCUGUCAUCAUAUCAUAUCAUAAUAAUCUAUAUCUUUAGUGUCACUAAUACAUAUAGUUUUU